AUGGGUAACCAAAUGAGUGUUCCGCAGAGAGUAGAAGACCAAGAGACUGAAUCGGAAGCAGAGACUUACAAGGUGUCACCAGACAGUGAGUGUGUUCCAAAUGGAGUCCCGGUGGUGGUGUCCACCCACACCAUCCAGCACUUCGACGAAGUCGACUUGGGAAUAAGUGUCAAGAAGGAUAAUGUGGCCACUUCUUCCCCCGAGACAAUGGAGAUAAGUGCCGUCGCGGAUGCCAACGGAAAGAAUCUUGGGAAAGAGGCCAACCCCAAGGCACCAGCUGCUAAAUCUCGUUUUUUCUUGACACUCUCUCGGCCUGUACCAGGACGUACCGCAGACCAAGCCACGGAUUCAUCCACUGGAUCAGUGGAGCUUGAUGUCAGCUCCCACAAAGCUCCGGCGGACAAAGGCCCGAGUGAGAGCCGGGCACUUCCGGGAGCAGCUGCAGCGGGCGCCGGCGCGGAUAAAAGCCCCCGGCCCACCCCGGCCGAGGACGAGGCCGUCUCCGCCGCCCGGGAGCCCGAGGCCCAGGGAGCAGCUUCCCUCAAGCCCAAGGACUCUAGCUUUUUCGACAAAUUCUUCAAACUGGACAAGGGACGGGAACGGGUGCCUGCCGACAGCCAACCGGAAGCCAAGAGGGCAGAGCACCAAGACGAGGCGGGCGCAGCCCCUGGAUUAUCAGGGCAGUGCGACGAUGUCCCCGCAGGGCAGGGCAUAGCUGACGGCAAGGAAAAAGAAGGACAAGAAGUAGGCACUGUGAGUCGUUCUGUUCCCGGGGACCCUGAAGGACCGGAGAUUGCAAAGGAGGACUCCCAGACAGCAGAGAUAGAGGAGAAUAAUAAUCCCAUCAUGAGUUUCUUUAAAACUCUGGUUUCGCCUAACAAAGCUGAAACAAAAAAAGAUCCAGAAGACACGGGUGCUGAAAAGUCACCCACCCCUUCGGCCGACCGUAAGUCAGACAAAGCCAACUUUACACCCCAGGAGACCCACGGGGCGGCCAAGAACCCCAAGGGCAGCAACCCAUCAGGUCACGUGCAAUCUGGGACGUCCACUGAGACGGUGAAGGACGGUGCCAAGGAGAAAUCGGGACCCACCUCUCUGCCACUGGGCAAACUGUUUUGGAAAAAGUCAGUUAAAGAGGACUCAGUCCCCACAGGUGCAGAGGAGAAUGUGGUGUGUGAAUCACCAGUAGAGAUUAUAAAGUCCGCGGAAGUAGACUCAGCCUUACAAACAGUGGAUCUCAGCGAAGAAGGAGAUGCUACACCUGAACCCGCAGAAGUCAAACUCAAAAGAGAAGAAAGCAAACCACCAAGAACCUCCCUGAUGGCGUUUCUCAGACAAAUGUCAGUGAAAGGGGAUGGAGGGAUCACCCACUCAGAAGAAAUAAAUGGGAAAGACUCCAGCUACCAAACAGCGGACUCUGCAGAGAAGGCCACCACGCCGCCGGAGCCAGAACCCACAGGAGCAGCCCAGAAGGCCAAAGAGGGCUCCUCCAAGGACAAGAAGUCGGCAGCUGAGGGGAGCAAGCAGAAGAGCAGCAAGCAGGAAGCCAAAGACCCAGUGCAAUGCCCAGGGCCGGCCGCAGGGGAUGCCAACUCGCUGCAGAAUGGCGACAAGUCCCAGAAGAGACCUGAGAAGCGGCAGCAGUCCCUCGGGGGCUUCUUUAAGGGCCUGGGACCAAAGCGGAUGUUGGACGCACAAGUGCAAACAGACCCAGUAGCCAUCGGACCAGUUGGCAAAUCCAAGUAA